AUUUCUCGUACAUGAGGCAUACAAGAGCGUCACACACCUCUCCCCGCUCUCUUACUAAGGGUGCUCCCGCUGAUCCGGUUGUGCUCAUGCUUCUCAUCCUGAAUGUUUGUUGUAUGUGGCAAAGAUGACUGAAGAAUUUGUCCAACUGAAAUGGAACACCCACAAGUCUAUCUUCCUGGAGAACCUCAGUGGCAUGCGAGAUAAGCAAAUAUUCACUGAUGUCACUCUGUCUUGUGGAGAUCAGUUCUACCCAGCCCAUCGGUUAGUGUUGUCAUCAUGUAGCACCUUUUUAGCCCAAGCCUUGGGAGUGGCCAACUGUCGCUCUCCAGUUUUACUUUUACAUGGUAUUGAGCAGACCACUCUUGAGCAACUACUGAUGUUUAUGUAUGAUGGUCAGGUCACCAUAUCCAGAAGUAACCUACCAAGUCUUCUGAAAGCUGCUCAGUGGUUAGGUGUUAAGGGACUCGAGUCUACUUAUGACAACUUUAGCGACUUAUCUCAGUUUUCUGGUGAACCUCACCACUCACAUGAAGAGGCCACAGGAUCUCCGUUUCGUCAGUUAUGGAGACAGCUAAUAUCUGCAGUAGCAAAUAACAGAGAAGAUUCUGGAAAUUCUGAAUCUGUGACAAAUGUACUGCAACAGGUUGCAAGAAAAAUCGUGGAACAAGGGAAUACCCUUAAUAAUAAUAUGAUAAUAUCUAAUGUUGCAUCAUUAGACCCAAACAUAGAAAUUGAAGAUGAUUUUACUGAAAUGAAACCUAAUGCUGGUGUAGAGCAGGUCGGUCAUUUUAGUAGCGACGACAAAGCUAACUUUCUACCUUCACCUUUCUCCUUAGGGAGCAUCCCAGAGGAUUUUCUUGAUGUUCAGGUUAACUCGAGUAUUGCCAGUGAAUACUCAUUUGAGGGUUGGGAUGAUGCAACUGAUUUAAAUAAAAGUGAGAUUUUACUGAAAUUGAAGAAAAAAACCCUCACAAAUGAAGUUGAGAUUGAUCCUACAUAUCUUUCAAGUGAAGCACCAGGAGGAGAAGUCGGGAAGGAAAAUGUUGAGUGUGAGGAAACCAACACCAAGAGAAUUCUUCGAUGCAAGCAUUGUAAGAGAACUUUCAAGGUUCGGGUAGAACUGGCAAAGCAUUUACGCCUACAUCAUGAUUCUCAACAGAAGUUUUGCUUUUCCUGUAAUAAGGAAUUUGUUACUGCAAAGAAAUUUAAUCUGCACAUGAAGCUGCAUGGUUCUGAUUCUUUGUAUACCUGCAAACUAUGUGAUUUCAUCACUCAUAAUAAGAGGACUCUGGGUAAACAUAUUCGGACACAUAAAAAUGAAGACUCUGGCUCUGUUCAAACUAGUGCACAGGAAGAAGCUUUAAAAUUUUUGGACAAACACUUGAUGACUGAAAUAAACCCCCCAGAGAGAGUUUUACCCUCAAAAACAGUGAAAGUCGAAUCCCAGGAAGAACUUGACCAACACACAGCCUCAGACUGUGCACCAAUAUUGAUAAAGACAGGGGGACACAGAUGUUCCCUUUGCACCCUUAUGUUCACUAGAAAACGUAGUCUAACAGAUCACAUGUGUAGACACACUGGCAUUUACCCAUUUUGUUGUUCUUAUUGUUCUUUCAAGUGUACAAGAAAUGGCACUCUUCAGUUACAUGUUAAGAAAAGACAUCCAGAUGUCUGAAGUAAUAAAUACUGAAGUCUAUGCUACAGUUUUGCUACUGUUGAGAAAAAAGCUUCGUGUUUUUGGUGUAAUGCACUACUGAUUUUGCUGCACUUAGAUUAAUACUCCAAACUCCUAAUAGCACAAAUGUAAUUACUGAGGACUGGUGUAAGUUUGCAUCAUUUAUAUCAGUGGUUCCCAAACUUUUCAACUUCAUGGACCAGCGGAGUGAAAAAAAAUCUGCAGACUAGUACUGUAAUUGUAAAUAUUCUAUAAUUACAAUAUACAGUGGUUCCUCGGUUAACGAACACAAUUCAUUCCAGAAGGUCGUUCGUUAACCGAAACCAUUGUUUCAAUGGGAUUUUGGGUAAUUGGUUCCAGCUCACUGAAAAUUACAUACAAAG